AUGGAAUUUGUAUUUCAAAUUGUUUGGAGUAGGUAUAAGGAAUUUGAGUGGGAAGGUGAAAGGAAAUUGAGAAGGAGAAAAGAGAUUUCCGGCGAGAUACCUCGUGGUUGUGCUGUGGCCAAGACUAGGAUGAACACCUUGGAUAUGAGUAUGAACUUGAUAACCACCUUGAACAUUGAUAUGAACAUGUUGAAUAUGUCUGAAAGUUCUGAUAGAGAAAGUCAUGACCCCCCUGCCUUUGGUGGGGAAGAUACUGAGAGCGAGGAGCCCAGCCAAUAUGUUUGUUCUGAAGAUGAGAGUUCCCAGACAAAGGGUGUGGUAGAAGGUAUGAUAGAAAGUAGGAUGGUAGUGCAUGAGGGUGAGAGAGGUGAGCCAUCAGUAGAUUCCCAGGAGGCUGAGUACAGAGAGAUGCAGAGGAAUUACAAAGUGUUAGAGACUGUGGCUGAUCGGGUUCUAGCCUUGCCUCAUACACCAGAGGUGGUCUCGAGCAAUCAGAUGGAGUGGACGUACGGGUGCAGAUGA